AGGUAAAAUGUAUGCUGUUAUUGGACGACGUCAUGGCAAAAUUUUGUCUGGUGACCUUACUCAAGGUUCUGGUAACUUUUCCGUUAUGGCCAUACUACCCGUUAUUGAGUCGUUCAACUUUGCCCAAGAGAUACGUAAACAAACGUCCGGAUUGGCGUGUCCCCAAUUGAUGUUUAGCCACUGGGAGGUAAUUGACAUCGAUCCCUUUUGGGUACCCACAACCGAAGAGGAAUUCACCCAUUAUGGUGAAAAAGCUGAUUCGGCCAAUCGUGCCAAACUCUACAUGGACAGUGUGAGACGCCGCAAAGGUCUUUAUGUCGAUGAAAAAGUUGUCGAACACGCUGAGAAGCAACGAACCCUAAGCAAGAAGAAGUAG